UAGUAGUGCUCCUUUUCUCACCCCCUCAUCCCACAUACCAAAAUCCCAACAUAGUAGUCCCAUAAUUUUUCCUAUAUAUAAGACCAAAUAGCUUCUCCAAAAACUUGAAUUUCUCUCAACAUUAUCAACAUUCACCACUAAUACAAAAUUUCAUAUUCUCCAUACAAAAUUCACAACCAAAGUAUGGCAGAUAGCCCAAGCAAAAGCAAGAGCAACUCUCUCAUCCACCAUACCACAACUACAAAGGGUGGUUGGCAUGCUGCCAUCUUCAUCAUAUUUGUGGAAGUUGCGGAGAGAUUUGCAUACCAAGGUUUGGCUUCAAAUCUAGUAAACUACCUCACAAAAUUUCUGAAUGAACCAACAACAACAGCUGUGAAAAACGUGAACACAUGGGUUGGUGUUUCAUCACUCUUCCCUUUGCUUGGUGGUUUCAUAGCUGAUUCCUAUCUUGGUCGAUUCAACACCAUACUCUUGUCUUCACUCAUUUAUCUUGUGGGUAUGAUUUUCUUGACACUUUCAGUAUCAGCACUUAGACAUAAGACACUUUUCUUCUUUGCACUUUAUGUGCUCUCCAUUGGUGAAGGAGGCCAUAAACCUUGUGUUCAAACUUUCGCGGCGGAUCAAUUCGACGACGACACGCCGGAAGAGAAGGAUGCUAAGAGUUCAUUCUUCAAUUGGUGGUAUUUGGGCAUUGUUGCUGGUUCAACUGCCGCUGUCUUUAUACCUGUAUAUCUUCAGGAUAAUGUUGGGUGGGGAGUGGGGUUGGGAGUAUUGGCAGGAGUGUUGGCAUUGGCAUUAGCACUUUUCUUGUUGGGAAUCAAAAGGUACAGAAAAGAAAGCCCUACAGGAAGCCCAUUUACAAGACUGGCCCAAGUUUUUGUUGCUACAGCUCGCAAGUGGCGCGUGCAACACACGCUCUCUCUUAAUCAUUUUUGCUAUAGUGAAGAUGACAAAGUUGAGCCUCAUCAUCUUCAUGUUCAACCUAAAUAUCAUACUUUGCUCCAUACUCGUCAAUAUAGAUUUUUGGACAAGGCAGCAACAAUUGACGAAAUUGAUUCAUCAAAUAAAACAAGAAAUCCAUGGAGACUAUGUUCAGUGACACAAGUUGAAGAAGUGAAGCUAGUUCUUCGCCUUAUCCCAAUAUGGCUAAGUUGUUUAAUGUUCACAGUUGUUCAAGCUCAAGGACACACAUAUUUCACCAAACAAGGUGGAACUUUAAUCCACACCAUAGGUUCAAAUUUUCAAUUCCCUCCGGCGUCGCUUCAAGGCCUAGUUGGCGUCACGAUCCUCUUCGUUGUUCCAAUUUACGACCGUGUUUUUGUGCCGUUGGCUAGAAAGUUCACACACCACCCGAACGGGAUAACCGUGUUGCAAAGAAUUGGGGUCGGUUUAUUUUUGUCAAUACUAACAAUGGUUGUUUCGGCACUUGUUGAAACGAAAAGGGUAACCGUUGCUAAAAGUCACGGUUUAAUCGACAAUCCUAGUGAAAUAUUACCAAUGAGUAUUUGGUGGUUACUUCCUCAAUACAUGAUCACUGGUGUUUCAGAUGCUUUCACAAUUGUUGGAUUACAAGAAUUGUUCUAUGAUCAAAUGCCUGAAGGAUUGAGAAGUUUAGGGGCUGCAGCAUAUAUAAGUAUAGUUGGAGUUGGAAGUUUUGUUAGUAACAUUAUUAUUGUUAUUGUUGAAGUGAUUACUUCAAAAAGUGGUGAGAAAUGGUUGGGAAAUAAUAUCAAUAGGGCACACCUUGAUGAUUAUUAUUGGGUUAUGGCUGUUUUAUGUGCUUUGAAUUUGGGGGUUUAUAUGUGGAUUGCAAAGUGUUAUGAGUAUAAGAAGGUUGAUGGGGGUGAAACUAGUAAUCAAGAGGGGUCUAGUUACAAUAAAUAUCGUGGUGGAGUGUAACACAAGGCAAGAAAAUGCUUUUGUUAAUUGUUAUAACUAAUGUUGUAAUUUCCAAAUGAGUAAUAUAGAGUUUUAGGUUGUUGUAUAAUAACAAUAAGUUAUUAAUCUAGUUGCAUCUUUGUUUCAACUUAAUUCAAGAUCA